CAUUCAUUUCGAUUCUGUCUCUUGUCGCGAACAGACGUUUGGGAAAUAGUUCACGGUGCGGGUGACGUGACAGUGCAAAAAUUAAAUACAACAAAAAAAGGCAAAUAAGGCAAGAGGGAGAGCAAAUAAAAAACAGCAAAAUUAGCUGGAGGGGCACAACAACAAAUUUGAUACAUACCUAUAUAUACGUGCUUUAAUAGUGAAACACACGCACACGCACGCACGUUUCUCGCUCGCCCGUACAUAUAUUUAUCGGUGUGUGUAUAUAGAGGCGGCUGGUAAAAUUCCAUUGUGAAACGAAAGGAAGUUAUUGUUUUCUGUGGCUCUAUGUAUCUAUGCACCAUAUAUAUUAACAAAACAAAUAACAGUGUGUGCAUAAAAUUGAUAAAAGCUAAAAACGUGUAAACAAAAAUUAAACAAAAAACCGCGCAGCGCAAUCACGUUUUCCGACACUAUUUGUGUUUCUUCUGUUGUUUUUUGUGUGGAUACCGCGAACGAGAGGGAAUUGCUCCAACAAGUGCACCUUAAUUGAAGCUCCAGUGAACGAAGAAGAAGGAGUAGUACGGAAAAAAAACAGUAGGAGGAGUAGACGCGUUAUCGCUAUCGUUAUCGCACCCACACACUCGCACAUGUACAUCCAGUGAUAAGCGGAGAAGAGUAAACAGGCGGUACUUAUCAGCAUUUUUCACUCGUUCCAACAUAAAUAAACAGGCCGCUUCGUAAUGCCAUUCUGAAAUUUCGAAUAUAAAUCCGGGACGUGAAACGUGAAAAAAAGAACCCGACAGAAAAGUAUAAAAUAUCUCUCAUCUCAGCUUUGGAAGAGAAAAGUAACUCGCCGCGCAGUGAAUUCGCCGCACAGCAGUCGACUCGACAACCUGUUUGCUCGCCCAUAAAUUCGCCCCGGCAUUUAUCUCACAAUUAUUUCUGCACUGACGUAAGGAGGAGCACUUCCACCAUUCCACCGCAACUGCAGCAAACCACGUCGACGCAGCAGCAGACGCAGCAGCCGCUUCACAAAACGGUCUUACUGCCCAGGAGCGGAUUCGGUGCGUUUCCAGUUCAAGCAGCCGGAGGAGGAGGAGGAGGCGGAGGAGGCGGAUCGAGGAGCAGGAGCCCCAUUGGCACCACCAUGGAGCCCUAUUGGAACGAGACGAACGGACACGCCGCCCAUCCGGUCAAGUAUGAAAGCCAAGCGACCAACAGCCCAAUAUCCGGCUAACUGAUGGAGAGCUCAUUGAGGCACACUGAUUGAUUUGGCUGAUCCACAGCGUUUUCGAGUCGAAGCGACAAGUUUUAAUCCACUUUCUCUUUGUUUUCUUGCAGCCUUAAUUUAUUUUGAUGAUGAAUUUUAAAUAAAUGAAAAGAAACUGAAAGCAAACAAUAAACCAUAUUUAAAACGCAUUUAACUAAUAACCGUAGACUAACUAGCCCUAAGUUAUUACACCUAAGUUAGGCUAAGUUAUGCGCCUAAUAAAUGCAUUACUAAAACAAAUAAAAAAAUUUGAAAAACUACCAUCUAAAUACGAAAAUUUGAACGAUCUGAAAAAAACAAUACAAAACAAAACCAAAUAAUAUAAAUCAUAUUUGAACAAGAUUUGGACUUACCUGUGUUUCUUUAUCCUUCCCACUUCUUUUUGCAUAUCGAAACGAAUUAUAGCGAAGCAGCUGUCUCCAGUUUUCCUUAUUGCACAGAAUCUAGUUUAAAUUUUUCAACAUCAGCCACGGCAUACAGCGAGGACGAUGCUGAAUAUGCCACCGGAAGACGUAAUAAGACAUCGAGGCAAGAUCCACUUUCCCAUCGCAUCAUCGAGAAACGGAGACGAGAUCGCAUGAACUCCUGCCUGGCGGACCUGUCCCGCCUCAUCCCGCCGCAGUACCAGCGCAAGGGGCGUGGCCGGAUCGAGAAGACGGAGAUCAUCGAGAUGGCCAUCAGGCACCUGAAGCACCUGCAGAGCGAGUGCCAGCAGAAGGAGAGCGACUACCGGAGUGGCUACAUGGACUGCAUGAAGGAGGCGGCCAAGUUCCUCUACGACGUUCACAUGCAGGACUUUUGCCACCGCCUCUUGGGUCGCCUGCAGGAGCACAUCGAUGAGAUGUUCAAGACGGACUGCUACAAGUCGACGCGCAGCUGCCACAUGCCGGAUAAUGUGAGCGCCUCCAGCGGCAGCCCCCACCAGGCGUACCACCCACCGCUGUGCCACCUGCGCGACAUGUUGGCCACCUCUGCCUCGGAUGUGGAGCACAGUCAGGACCAUAACGACGUCAAGGAUUUGAGUUUCCGGAACCAUCUCAACCAGCUGCAGCGGAGCCAGCAGGCGGCGGCAGCGGCAGCAGCAGCAGCAGCCGCAGCAGUAGUUGCAGUCGCCAAUGGCAGUUCGCCGGCUUCGAAUGCCGGCAUGGACUCGAAGGUCCCGCUGAGCAAUGGUGGCGGCAGUGUUGGAGCACCGCCAGUAGCUGAUAACGUGCCCACUAAUUCCACGGGCAGUGGACCGGCAGCAGCGUGUGCUGGGGGAAACAGCAAUAGCAGUGGCAGUAACAGCAGCAACGCAGCCAGUUCCACCACCUGUCCGCCGGCCGGAGGCAGCUGUCCAGCCAAAAUCACACCGCUGGCGGCACACCAGCAGCCCCACCAGGCGCCAGUGAUUACUUCGACGGCCCCGCAUCAUCAUCACCAUCAUACGGACAGCAGCCACCACGACUUCGAGUCGUCCAGGGAGCCGAUCCUACACACCGAUACCUCUAACAUGCACUCGCCACCGCCCAGGGAUCUGCUGCUGCAGCAGCAUCCCCACCUGGCCCAUAGCCACCAUACCCAGGACAGCCUGAUGUCCGUGCGCAUGCGCAACUAUUCGGAGUCCUCCCACGAGGUGGAGCACAACAACAACUACAAGUACAAGAAUCACAUCAAGGAGCGGUUCGUCCACGAGCUCCACGACGAGGAGACGAGCAGCGAGCAUUGUCCGGUGGCGGCCCACCUCCAGAGCGAUCACUCCCACUUGCAGGCCUUGUCGGAGCACUCCAAGGACGGCACUGAACCCGAAAUAGCCCCCAUUAUGGCCAAGAAACGGAAGUUGGCCGAGGCAGCGGCCAAUGGAGAAAUACCCCUAGAGGUUCAUACCGAGUCCAGCAACGCGGGAGCGAGUUCCGCCAACCGACUGGACAAACCCUCGCCCUCGUUCAACUUCAGCGACAUCAAGGACAUCAAGGCGGAGCUGCACAACGGCAACUCCAACUCCAGCCCACUGCUGGCCAAGCUGAGUGCGGUGGCUGCUGCCGGUGGCCAGUUGAGCACACCGAGUAGCACAACCGCUCCACUGCCGCCCAGGCACUCCUUUACGGUGCCCAUAUUCGCGCUGCACGGACAGGGCAACUACUACGUGCCCCUGAACGUGGACUACAAUGCACUGGUGCCUUUCCUGAAUGGAAUGGAUCUGCUGGAGAAGAGCUACACCAGCAUGCCCGUGGUGCAUCCCAUCAACAUCAAUGUGAACUUCAUGCCCAGUUCACCGUCCGCCUCGCUCUUGGCCGCUGCUGCAGCUGCCGCUGUGGCCGUUGGCAAGCAACAGCAACAGCAAGCUGUGGUGGCCGCCGGAGCGGGACAUCCCCUGUCCACCAACUCGGCGGCGGCUCAGGCAGCCGCUGUGGCCGCCGCAGCGGCGGCCAAGGCCAAACUGGAGCAGGCCAUGAACCAGAGCUGGUAAAGUCAAGCAAUCGCAAUGCAACGGGUCGACAGAUGGAACAACACUACCUCAGUACUUCUGUGAAUAAUCAUCAAAUGAUUAAUCUCAAAACAAAAACACUAAGCGACAUCUGCGCCCAAAUGUACCUACCAUACAGAAAAGGUUAAUGAAAUCGGAGGAGGAGAAGCAAGCGAAUUCACUGGGGGUGUAUCCUAAAUCUCUGGCGGAUUAAAAGCAUAGUUAGGUCUUGUAUCUUGUAUUACUUUUUUGCCAACUUUUGUCCACAGAGCGUGAGCUAUGUAGCUAAAACCAGUGCUGAACUGGAAAUUCAGUGUGUAAAGGUGUUGAAAUGCUCUGGAGAUUUUAGAAGUACACCAAUUUGUUACCUUUGGAUUAGUUUAAACCAUAGAGACAGCAAGGAGCCGCCGCCUCAAAGGCUGGGCACCUACUAGUGAAAUGAUUUCCAAUUGUUAAGCGAGGUGGAUAAAACAGCUAGAGUAGCUAGUUGUUAAAUAACUUGAACAAAAAUUGAAUGUCUAUUAUAGUGCAUGCAUUGAAAACUACAAAGAACAUAUAUGUAUGUUGUGUGCAGCCGAUAGAACGUAUAUGAUGCCAAGAGUCAGUCCCACGUAAAAAAUCUAAUGGAUUUUAAAACAAAACUAAAUGUGAAUUAAAUGUAUUUUUAGAGGUUUAACGUUUUUUGCAAUUUAAAUAAGUGUUGUGGUUUCAUAUAAGGUAGUCAGAUAGCCAAGUGACUCCCGUCAAACAAACAAAGUAAUCUAUAUAUACAAAUCAAAUAUAUUGAUAGAAACAUAUAUAUAGUAAACCACUAGUCAGAGAACUUGUACGAACACGUAAAACAAAAACAAAAUGGGAGAUAAACAAAUCAAAAACCUAUUAUAUUCUAUGUGUAAAUAUUAUUAGCAAGCAAUUGUCCUUUGUUUAAGUUUGUAUUUUAGUGACAAAUUAUGUUAGGUUGGUUGGUUAACACAUGGGAAAAAAAACGAAAAAAUAUUUGAAAAAUACCCAAAAACUUUUCUAUUCAAGGAAUGCACCGCGUUUCAUUCUCGAAAUGCGGUCUAUAGUUAUUAUUAUUAUUAUGAUCACUACUGUAUAACACUUAAGUUGUUUCUUUGUGUUUUUGUUAUUCAAGAAAUUAAACGCAAUUUCCAGA